AUGGCUGGCCCUCGGGCCCACCACCCCUCAAAAGAGGCGUGGGAAGAGAAGAAGGCGGUCAUCCGUGAAAUGUACUUACGCAAGAAUUGCACAUGUGCCCAAGUUCAAGAAUAUCUCGAACAACAUCACUUCCACGUGAACACGCGCCAGAUCAAGAACAAGCUGAGUGAAUGGGAGUUUGAGCGCAAGAAGACGCGGGCAGAACAAUAUCUGGCCAUGCUGUAUGUGGCCGACUCUUUCGCUGCCGAAGGUUACGAUGUCAUUUUUAAUGUGCCCAAGCGCGACGGAAGGGAAGACUACACCACCCGGAAGAUCAGAAAAGAAUGUGACCGCAUUAGGAAGAAGCGUGAUGGAGAUGGAACCCUAUCCGAUCCCAGAACUCUGGAAGAGGCCGAAAAUAUCUUGUCUGAGGCGGAUAUCAGGUGGAGGAGAACAUCCGGCCCAGAUAUCGCUCGGCGCUUCCGGCAGCCGAUUUCGGUCAGUCAAGAGUCUUCUCCGCAGACCACCAACCUGGACGUGACGGGGACUACCGCCUCGAACUACACUUGCUCUCAAGCACACUCGAACUCGGACACUGCUGCUACUGAUCUGGCCACUUGUCUCCCGGUCGACUCUGCAGAUCACCAGGCGAGGCUGGCUUCAUGCGGGCUCGGUCCUCGGCAGCGUUCCAGCCAUAGGCAGCAUAAACUGAAUGCAAACAGAUGGAUCGAGCCUUAUUAUAAACGAUGUUUUGAAGGUCCUGUCAGUAAAGCCGCGUUUGAGCGCCACAGACGUCGGGCAAUGCAGGUCUUGGAGUCCAUUCUCAAGCAAGACAAUCAAUAUAUCUUCCCAGCCCUGGCUGAGAUUGUGAUGAUCUUUGGCUCAAAUCAACGGACAUCAGAGCUGACCGAGUUCUUGUCUGACAGCUGUACUGUCAUCGAUUCUUGCCCUGGCCUACGAGGAAGCUUCACGUACGACGCACCGUUUCGUUAUGCACUGGCCUUCUCUGAAAACAACCUCGAUCGCAUGAGGGAAUAUGGGGCACAUCUGACACGAUCAAUGGUGGAGGUGCGACAGAUAUGGGGUGAAGAUCAUCCCAAUUUCCUGGUCAAUGCCAACUUCUGCGCAUGGCACGCCAUGCACAACCGCGACUACCAUAUAGCUAUCCCUCUGCUGAGACGCUGUCUACCAAUCUGUGAGCGUGUUAUGGGCCCGUCUAGUCUGGUGACCAUCAACUGUCUCGUUAUAACAUCUCGUGCUCACGCGGAAAUACGCAAUCAUGUCUGGGCCAGAAAUUGUCUCGAAAUUGCCAUGACGCGACUCGACGAUCAACGCCAGGAUCUCAAACAAUUUCGUCUCGUGAUGCUGCAUAGGUUGGGAGAAUUGAAUCUCGAGACAGGUGAAUACCAGACGACAGAAAUGCAGUUCUGGAAAGUCCUUCAAGAUCGGACAGAGAUAUGCGGUAUGGAUGCCGGGGCAACGUGGUCCACCGCACAAAGCCUUUACGAACUGUUCUGUGCAACAGGGCGAGAGGAUCAUGCCGAAGAAUUGAUGGAUUAUAUGAGGUCUCGCCUCGACUGGGAGCGCGACCGGCCAUGGUAUGUGGAAACUGGCGAGAAGGAUAAGCCACCUCCCGAAACGCCCUGGUGGUGGCCAUAUGGAGCCGAGGAGGAAUGGGGCCCCGAUCGCCUUUCUGGAUUUUCUCAUUCUCGCAACAAUCUUACCUAG